GACAAAGUGCCUUCGCCAAAAAGGAGCUGGCCUUCGCAGAGGACGUGGUAGCCUCGGGAGGGUGGCAUAGCUGUGCCCUGCGGCCAUCGGGUGAGGUCAUCUGUUGGGGAGCCAAUGAUCAAGGACAGUCGACACCGCCGAAGGGUUCCUUCGCGAGCUUGGCGGCGGGAAAGAGCCACAGCUGUGGCAUAAGACCAUCUGGCCUGCUCGAAUGUUGGGGCAGCAACUCGCAUCACCAGGCCGAGCCCCCUGAUUUGGAGCUUCGGCAAGUCGCGUGUGGAGCGGCGCAUACCUGUGCGCUGGCCUCCGAUGGUGAAAUCCACUGUUGGGGUAGCGACGAACACAAGCGCAGCUCCGGAUCUCCCUCCGGAAGGUUCGUUUCCAUUGCUGCCUCUGGUGGCCAUAGCUGUGCUCUGAAGAAGAAUGGCUAUGCUGUCUGCUGGGGCUUCAACGACAACAACCAGACGGAUGUUCCGAAGGUCAAGUUCAAGCAGAUUGCUCCAGGUUACCUCCACACCUGCGCGCUGACACUCCAAGACGAAGUUCUGUGCUGGGGGCAGAGGCGUGGGGACAACAAGCCCCCUCCAGGACGAUUCAAGCAGGUCUCGUCCCGUGGGCCCUUCUCUUGUGCUCUCGACAUGGCAGGUCGCGCCGUUUGCUGGCCUCAAGCUGAACAGAGGGACGACCACUUCGUUCACAUCUCGGUGGGUGGCUCGCAUUUCUGCGGAGUGCAAGAAUCUGGUCGAGCCAAGUGCCGCGGCAAAGAUGACCAAGGUCAAUCGUCGCCUCCGUCUAGCUUGUUUAAGCUGCCGACGAAGAAGACGCAACCCAAGAGCACCGAGCUCUGA